UUUCAUAUUGCGCGUGCGCACUUCGCAUCGAAGCAUAUCGAGCUUGCGCAACAUGCUGUGCGUGCAAAGCGCAUAGAAUGCAUGGAUUACAUAGUCUGCAUUUGUUGCACAUGUCCCACACGUAGAAAGUUACGUGUGUUGCCCGUACAUAUUACAUCAUUCAUCGUGCAUCGCAUCGUCGAGACGUUCGCGUUCGUGAAGGCCAGCAGAAUUUCCAUAACUUUCAACACUUCGUCUUGAGCUGAAUUACGACAAACAAAAUCGAAGAUUCAAUAUACAAUUUUGCGAGUGGGUUUGGAAUAUCAUCAACCACUUUUAAGUGGGGCAAGACAUCAACCCAGGGGGCCAGGUGUCAUUCCCAUCAUGGGAGGAUCAUUGUCCACUUCCCAGACAGUUCAGGCUGCAACCGUCCAGAGUCUCCCAGCCCCUGCUGCUGCAGGAGCCCCCUCUCCACCAGCAGAGUGCCCCAUGCACCAGGGCGGUGGUGACUCCAAGACACCCACAGCAGCACAGACCAAUGCCAUCCCUGCAGAAUGUCCGAUGCACAACAAAGAUGUGGCCUCCUCGGCACCGGCCAGAGACACUUCUACAGCUGCAGUCAUUCCCUCCGAGUGCCCGAUGUCUGGGGGAACGAACGCACUGGUUGCUGACAACAAGACAGAUGACAUUGAUCCAGAUAACAGGAUGCCCCCUCCCAACCAGAGGCCGGCUCCAGACCAGCCCUUCUCCCUCUCCACGGAGCGCAAGACCUCCGGUAUUCCCCGGGCGGGCAAGGAUGAGAACUGGGUGUACCCGUCGCAGCAGAUGUUCUGGAAUGCCAUGCUGAGGAAGGGUUGGAGAUGGCAGCCGGAAGACAUUCAACAGGAGGAUAUGCACAAUAUCAUCCACAUCCACAACGCUAACAACGAGCAGGCGUGGCAGGAGGUUCUCAAGUGGGAGGCGAUGCAUGCAAAAGAAUGCCCCUGUCCUAAAUUGGCAAGUUUUGGCGGACGCUACAAUGAUCUUUCACCUCGAGCUAAGAUCAGAUGCUGGAUGGGGUACGAGAAACCGUUUGACAGGCAUGACUGGAUCGUUGAUAGGUGCGGUAGGAAGGUGCGAUACGUCAUCGACUAUUACGACGGAGGACCAGUCGACAAGAAGACAUUUGAGUUUGCUAUCCUUGAUGUCAGACCUGCCUUCGAUUCACCGGGUGCUACGUGGGAUCGCAUGAAAGCUGCGUAUUGGAGGUUCAUGUACAGCAAGUAGCCUCACUUGAUGAACGUUGUUGACACUUGGUGCUUUGAGCGUUGUCGAGAUGAGGAUCAGAGGAUCAUUCUGUAUCAGAGUGAAGACACGUCGGAAUGGAAAAAAGACAUGUUGGGAGAGGAUGUCAGGCCUUGUAACCUCACCAUUUGAAACUUAACCUCAUGUGACCCUUGACCUAUUGUUUUGCUCUGUGAGCAGAAAGACAAUUUGGAAUUCACAUGACUUUGGUCCUGUAUGGUGCUUAAAGAACCAGAAUGCACACCGUAGAUUCAUCAUUACUGAAUUACUGAAAUGACAGCAUUGUGAGUUCUUCAGAGAGUUCAGAAGCAGAGAGACAGCAGGAAAUUAACUAUAUAUUGUGUUGGGUGUCUCUCCUGUAUGGAGUGCCCUGUCGGUGCAGUAAUACUUUAUUUACAAAUUGAUUUCUUAUCAGAAUAUUCUUGUCACAGUAUAACUUUGUACUAGUAUUUUCUUUUUUAAUUUUCCUUUUUUUCCUUGAUGAUUACAAAUGUCUGGCAAUGUUGAUAUCAAACUACAAUGGUUUUAGAGUGGGUUUUGCUGUAAAAGUCGAAUGGCUAUGGUCAGCACACCUUGCAAUAUGAUUAUCUUGUAGGUUGCAUUUCCUAUACGAUGUGCACAAUAAUUGCAGUCACUCAGUUUAUGACAAAGGUCAUGAUCAAAAUUAUUUUUGUCACCUUAAAUUUAUACUGGUACCAGUAUUCUUUUUUUCAAGUUUCCUUCCUUUUUCAGUUUACAAAAUACUGCAAUAUGGAAAUGAAACUCUUGUUUUUGGAGUUAGGUUUGCCUUUAAUAGCCUGAAUGGCACAUUAACAUGUAUAUGUGUGAGCAUACAUUGCAAGAUUGAACCAUGAUCAGGACGUAGGUGUUAAAAAUGCUUUUCUGUUUGCGAGAUCUCAUGUAGGAUUUGGUGUUGUAUACAUGUGUAAGUAGGAUU